AAUUAUAUAAACAUGAGGGACUGAUCAAUAAAUACCCAAAUCUAAUGGCAUAUUUUAGUAAUAUUUGACCCGCCCCUGAAAUUUCCCUCCCAUUAUCAGUUCUCUGGUGCGGUGUUUGGGGUUUUAGAGAUUUUUCAAAGAGACGAUGCUGAAUUCGUUCACAGCUCACCGCCCCACCGAGUCGAUCCACCACCGCCUAAUCGAGUUUGUUAAAGCCGCCCUAAUCAACAUCUUCGUCUCCCCUUACGCCACCGUUUGCGAUUUGUACUGUGGGAAAGUACCUGAUGAGGAAAAGUGGGAUGAAGCUCAGAUUGGUCACUACAUUGGCAUUGAUGUGGAGACAUCUGGAGUAAGUGAAGUGCGAGAAGCUUGGGAGAGUCGACGCAAGGGUUACACGUCUGAGUUUCUUGAAUUUGAUCCUUGCAUUGAAGACAUCGACUUGCAUUGGAAAAACAAGGAAAACCAAGCUGACAUUGUUUUCUGCAUGCAGCAUUUACCGUUAUGCGUUGAAACUGAAGAGAAAGUUAAGAGACUGCUGUCCAACAUCUCAACUUUGCUGAAGCCGGGGGGAUAUUUUCUUGGUAUUACUCCCGACUCAUCUACUAUCUGGGCCAAGUACCAGAAAAAUGUCGAAGCAUGCCACAAUAGGGCAGGAGGAAUGAAGCCCAACAUUGUUCCAAACUGCAUUAGAUCAGAGAGUUACAUGAUUACUUUUGAAGUUGAGGAAGAGAAGUUCCCAUUUUUUGGUAAAAAGUACCAGCUAAAAUUUGCCGGUGACAUGUCUGCUGAAACUCAUUACCUAGUCCAUUUCCCAAGCCUGCUCAGGUUGGCUAGAGAGGCUGGCCUUGAGCAUGUGGAGAUACAAAACUUGACUGAAUUUUAUGACGACAAUAGAGCACAAUUGGCAGGAAUGCUCGUGGAUGCUGGUCAUAAUCUUGUGGAUCAACGAGGGCGACUUCUUCCGAGAUCAUAUGAUGUUUUAGGUCUAUAUACUACGUUCAUCUUUCAGAAGCCAGAUCCAGAUAUUGCCCCUCCUCUCAUGACCCCAUUAUACGAAGAUGGAGGCCACAAUCACGACGAGGUUCCUCCGAUGCCACAGAGAGAUAGGCAAGUCCGGAAAGAGGACGACAAAAUUGGGCAAUCUGAACCAAAUUCGAAUCUUGGUAAGAUUAGUGAGCAGAAAGGAAUAUUAGGUCCUGGUCCAGCAGAGCUGCGUUUUUCGGACGCCCUUUGAAUAUGCAAAAGAACGUUCUAUGCACAAACCUUUGUAAACUCGUAACCUUAUUUUUUGUUUUUAAUUUAGAAACAACUAGCGUAUAGAGGAUCGAAGUCACUGUAGCAUACAUAUGUUUUUAUCAUGUACAUAAAGAAUCUUUAUUUUAUCAUGUUGAAGCAAUGAUUCGAGGGGUGUAGUGCAUUU